AUGGGUGAAAAAACUGUCAUGGUCUUAACUUCUAAAGUGGCUCAGAAGUCAUACGGAACAGAAAAAAGAUUUUUGUGUCCUCCACCCACAACUUUGAUUUUGGGAACAAAUUGGUGGUCUCCAACUCCAAAUAAUCUUAAUCAUUCAACGACUACUUCUACUACAUAUAGUCCACCUAAAAUUUCUGUAGGAAUUUCUGGUGAACAAGGUCAUCAAUCAGGGAUUCUUGAAUGGAUUAGUCCAUCUGGUAAUCCUCUUGAUCCUAACUCAUGUUCUGAGAUGGCUUUCAGUGGAAAAUGUGUAUCCAAACAUCUAUAUAUUAAUGAUGCUGAUGAAAAACGUAAAAGAGUUGAAGUUUUGGUAAAUAUUCAAAGCCCAAUGGGUCAUAAUUUUGGUACAUUUGCUAGUAAGCCAAUUAAAGUCAUCAGUAAACCUAGUAAAAAACGACAAAGUGUGAAAAAUAUGGAAUUAUGCAUUCAUCAUGGAACAACGAUUUCGCUCUUCAAUCGUAUUCGAUCUCAAACGGUCUCAACUAAAUAUCUUGGUGUUUCCAUGCAAAACGCCAAUCAAACGUUUGGUCCUUGGAACUAUGGUAGUAAUCAUAUAUCACCAAAUCCAAACGAACAACCUCAUCCAUGUUUUGUUGCUAGAACAGGAAGCUGGGAUCCAUUUAUAAUUUGGAUCGUAGACCCUAAUUAUGUUAAAGGUAAAGACGAUCAUUCUUCUCAACAAUCAAGCAACCCAAAUUUCCCUAGACCCCCACCUGCUGCCAUUAAAUCAACUAGCGGAAAUCCAAUACCAAUUCAUUACAAUCAACCAAUCGUUUUACAAUGUUUGACAACUGGAAUGACUAGCCCAAUAAUGGUCAUUCGAAAAGUUGAUAAAGGUAGUAUGGUAAUUGGUGGAGGUAUCGUGGAAAACGUGAACGGAUUAGGAGAAGUUGCAGAAGCUUUAGGUGAUCCUGUUUCACAACUACACAAAGUUGCAUUUCAAAUAAAAGAUACCAAUAUAUCCUCUUCUCUAUCUACUUCACCGACAUUCCAUCCUACAAACAAUCAACAUCUUCCGGGACCCGGCACUUAUCUUGCUUGUCUUGGUGAUAUAGUUGGAAUGCAAAGAGCAAAUGAAGGUCGUAAAAUAAUAGCUCAACCUUCAGCAUUGUCAAUCAAUACAAACUUCUUGGACAUGAAGACUACCCCUUCAACAUCUUCAUCAUCUGAUCUUCCCGCGAAGACGGUUGCUUCUUGGGCAUCUGCUACUGAUUUUUCAUCUUCAUUAGCGGAAUCAGCAGCAGUCGCUAUGGAAGGAGGAAGAAUUAUUCGUAAAAGACGUGUUUCUUCAGUACUUAUUAGACCCCAAUCACAAUUAAAAUCCGCAUUAGCAAAAAACAGGAGAAGGGUUAAUAGUUUGAGCGGUGUGGCAAGUGAAGUUGAUCUUGCAAAGUUUGCUGCGAAUGCUAGAAAUUCCACUAAUCAUCGAAACCAUGAUAAUGCUGGUGCCUUAUGGACAGAAGAUGUUACAGAUGCAGCAGUUUGGACAAUUGUUGGAACAGAUUGUGCUUCAUAUACAUUCUAUUCACCACAAAAUAUAGUUACCAGCCCAUCUCAUCAUUUAUCAUCAUUUCUACCUUCUACACCUGUAACACCACUUCCAAAAAUUUCAAAUAUUGUGAGUGCUACUACAUCACCUGUUAUAUCAUCAGCUACAUCAUCUGUAUCAGUUUCAGUUUCAACAUCAGUUCCAUCAUUAGCUACAUCAUCAUCAGCAAAUAAUUCAUCACAAGGUCAUCAAUCUACGACACCGAAUACGAUCACAAUAUAUGGCGAAAACUUUACACGGGAUCUAAUAGUAUGGUUCGGGGAUAUUCCAAGUCCAAGAAUAGAAUUUAGAUCAAAAGAUUGUUUAGUAUGCUGGUUACCAGAUGAAUUAGUAUACGAAAUGGAACAUCCGAAUAAUAAUAAGCAGCAGGACAUUGGCCUUCAAGGUCGUCACCUUCCACUCGGAAGAGUUAAUACCACAGGAAAACAGAUUUUAUUAAGUCGUGGUGAUGGGGUUGUGUUUAAGACCGAAAAAUACUGGUCAUAA